AGCGACUUUGAGGGAUUCCCUCUCAGGCGCCCACUGCAGCAGCACAUCUGGCCUCUUCCGCAGCAACUGCAAGCAUGGAUCUCAGAGGAAGAGCCUUUCUCAGCGUCCAUAGACUUCGAAUUCUUCUGAUGCUGUUCCAUACAAUGGCUCAAAUCAUGGCAGAGCAAGAAGUGGAAAAUCUCUCAGGCCUUUCUACUAACCCUGAAAAAGACAUAUUUGUUGUGCGGGAAAAUGGGACGACGUGUCUCAUGGCAGAAUUUGCAGCCAAAUUUAUUGUACCUUAUGAUGUGUGGGCCAGCAAUUAUGUCGAUCUGAUCACAGAACAGGCUGACAUCUCGUUGACCCGGGGAGCUGAGGUGAAUGGCCGCUGUGGCAGCAGUGAGUCGGAGCUGCAGGUGUUCUGGGUGGACCGUGCAUAUGCUCUCAAAAUGCUGUUUUUAAAGGAAAGCCACAACACGUCCAAGGGUCCAGAAGCGACGUGGAGGCUGAGCAAGGUGCAAUUUGUCUAUGACUCCGCGGAGAAGACUCACUUUAAAGACGCAGUCAGCGCUGGGAAGCACACAGCCAAUUCGCAUCACCUUUCUGCCUUGGUCACCCCAGCUGGGAAGUCCUACGAGUGUCAAGCUCAGCAGACCAUUUCUCUUGCCUCCAGUGAUCCACAGAAAACUGUUACCAUGAUCCUAUCAGCUGUCCAUAUCCAGCCCUUUGACAUCAUCUCGGAUUUUGUCUUCAGUGAAGAACAUAAAUGUCCAGUGGAUGAACGAGAGCAGUUGGAAGAAACCUUGCCCCUGAUUUUGGGGCUUAUCUUGGGCCUUGUCAUAGUGGUAACACUCGUGAUUUACCACAUCCACCACAAAAUGACUGCCAACCAGGUGCAGAUCCCCAGGGAUCGAUCUGAGUACAAGCACAUGGGUUAGGGGUCAUUAGGCAGGCAGCCCCCAAGUCCUAUCCCCCAACUGGAUCAGGUAGAAAAACAAAAACACUUUCCACCUUGCUCAUGGGAUACACCAACAUAGCUACAAUCCAACAGGCCUGGGUAUUCGAGGCUUGCUUGGCCUGUGUCCAUGCUUAAAUCCAGAGAUUGGGGAGUUCUUUGGAUUCAUGGGCUAAAUUGCAAUUUUUCUCUCCAUGCUGGGGAGCCAAACAGAAGGGGGUCAGCCAGCUUUUAUACUUAUGAUGACUUGCUUUUGACUCUCCAAGAAGCAAGAAACACCACUUGGAGAGCUAUCUGGCCCUGAAGUUUAGGGAUUGAAAACAAGCUUCCUUUGGGAGGAAACCUCUUUAGGUUCAGGGAAGAGGGGGUGCUUUGCUCCCUUGGCUUACUACACAGUUUAAAUGCACACAAAAUACAACCUCAUGCUCCCUGCAGCAAGACCCCUGAAAGUGAUCCAUGCUUCUGGCUGGCAUUCUGCAUGUCUAGUGAUUGUCUUGGGAAUGUUUCACUGCUACCUGCACCCAGUGACUCUGCAGCACAAGAAACUGUUAAUGUAACUAUGCAGUUAUUUGGAAUAUAUAAUGUGUCAGGUCCAAGUAAGGUGACCUGAAGAAUCAAUCCAUGUGAGUUUGUUUUUGAAAAUGAAUUAAAACACACUACUCUCUG